AUGGGAAAGAAAUUUAAUCAUUCAGAAAUAUUUCCUAGUAACCCAAUGCUUAUGUGUAUUUGUGGAAGCUCGGGUUCUGGGAAAACUUAUUUAACCUUUAACAUGUUGACAACACCAAAACUUUUAGAUUUUGAUUCAUUAUAUAUCUACACAACUACACCAGAACAAUCGUAUUAUCAAUUCCUCAAAGCUUUAGAAUAUAUACCAAAGAAAGACGUUCAGAACAUAUUUAAAUAUUAUGAAGACAACGAUGAGAUAAAAAUAAAAGAAAUCUUAGAUAUAUAUAUAAAAGAAAAGAAUCCAUCUUUCAAUCCAACGAAUAUAAAAGUUUUUCUUACGAAAAAUGUUAAUGAUUUAGAUUUGUCUAAAAUUGAUAGUGAGCGAAAGAACUUAAUAGUGUUUGACGACUGUGUAGCACAAAGAAAUCAAGCUGUUCAACAAGAAUUCUUCACGAAGGGAAGACAUCACAACUCUCACUGCAUAUACCAAUCCCAAUCUUUCUGCGGUAUGGAUGCAAUGUUCAUUCGAAAAAAUGCAAAUUGUUUUUUAUUAUUCGAAUCGAACGACAAAGAGUUAUCUCAAAUUAUUCAGUCAAUUAAUCACGGAAUGGAUAGAGAUACAUUCAAAAAGGAUUGUAAAGCACAAUGGAGAAACCCAGAUGAUCAUGGAUAUAUAUUCGUUAAUACUAGAAAACCUGCAGGUGAAAGACAUAUGUUAAUUUUAUUUCUUUAA